AUGGUCAGCAGAGAGCAAUCGAGAUUGAAUCUCUGUAACCUUGUUAUUGUUGUUGUUGUUGUUGUUGUUGUUGUUGUUGUUGUUGUUGUUGUUGUUGUUUGUGGCAUUAUCGUUGUUGUAAUCGCUGUUAUUGUUGCUGUUAUUGGUGUUGUCAUUAUCGCUGUUAUUGUUAUUGUUAUUUUUGUUAUUGUUAUAAUUAUCGUUACAAUUGUUGUUGUUAUUAGUAUCGCUUUUAUUAUCGUUGUUGUUGUCGUUAUUAUCGUUGCUGCUGUUACCGUUGUUGUUAUCGUUGUUGUUAUCGCUGUUGUUGUGAUUGCAUCGGAGCUAGGUUAG